GCUCGCUCAGUGUUAAAGAGGCGUCGGUGGAGGACGCAGUGGUGACGAACUUUUCGAUAAGUGAAACGAAACGAGCGCAUAAAGAUGGUGUGAAUAUAAAACAGGGGGUGUGAAGAGAGAUCGAGACAGAUAAGAGAAGCGAAGCGCACACACCGACGCCCGAACGACGAUCUUCCUACGAACGAACGAUCGACUGAAAUAUCAUUUAUUCAUUACUUUCGAGCCCCAUUUUUCCAAUCCCGCAACUUAUCCUUUCCUUUAUCCAUUUUCUUUUUUGACUUUCCGUUAUAUUUUUCGCUACCUCACCGUCACAUUUUCGACGACGAACAAACGAAUAUUGAACGAAUAACCGAUCGCUCAAGUUAUGGCAGCCACCGCCAUGGAUCCAGUCGACAUUGCAAACAUACUCGCGCAGGAACUGCUCUAUCAGCAGCUGGUAUCUCUGGACGGACUGCACAGCGGUGUGCCGACCAGGACGACGCCGACAUUAACGCCGACCACCCUCCGUAGUAUCGAGCAGACGUUCCUGGAGCUGACGAGCGAGUCGGCGUCGCACAGUCGCGAAGCCGGCUUUGUGCCGCCGCUGGUCGAACCGUCGCAGCCGACUCCGGCACAGACGCAAAACACGACGGCGACGCAUCUCCCGGCGCUGACGGCGACCACUCUCGUCGAGAGCCAGCAGCAACAAACGCAGCCGCAACAGCCGCAGCAGCCAGUUAGACGCAACAUGGGUGGCAGAAGGCCUACUAGAACGAUUGGAAUGAGUCCAGAGGAGGAAGAGAGGCGACAAAUCCGGCGCGAAAGGAACAAGAUGGCAGCGGCGAGAUGCCGCAAACGAAGAAUGGAUCACACGAAUGCCCUACUCGAAGAGACCGAGGGCUUGGAACAGAAAAAGCAAAGCUUGCAAGACGAAAUCCAACAAUUGCAGCAGCUGAAAGAUGAACUUGAAUUUGUUCUGGAAGCUCAUAGACCGCUCUGCCGUCGUUCGCUGCGUUCUUCGUCCCCGCUGGAUGUAAAACCCGUGAUAAAAUCCGACCUUUCGAUUGAGGAUCAAUUCGCCACCGACCCUGCAAAGGGCGACACGAUAGUGGCCGCAGCGAGACCGAACAGACCCAAUUCACUGCCCGUCGGGUUGGACAACAACAACAGACUGAAUUCCCUGUCGAUGUUCGUGGAGCCGAAGGAAAGACCGGACACGCUCGCUUUCAAGACGGUGGAAACACCGGCUUUCAUGAAGCCAUCGAUGGAUGUGGCCGCUAUGCCAAUCACCACUCCGACCAGCGGUAUACCAUUCAACUUUGAGUCCUUGAUGGAAGGCGGCACUGGCCUCACUCCAGUUUCCACGCCCUUGAUACCGUCAUGCUCGACGCAACAGAGAAGCAACCUGUCCGCCGUAGAUCUCAGCUCCCCGGAUGCGAAUCCUCCGAAACUCGUGAGCUUGUGACGCCACGACGACGAUGUGGUCGGCCAUGGGACGAACGAGGAAGAGGAUGAUCCCGAACGGGAGUACCAUGACGCGGAAGUUUAAUUUCUUUAACGAGAAACAGAGAAGUUUGCACGAAUUGUGUUCGUGCUUUUUACAACAAAAUUUUUUUAACUCGCAAUAAAAUCGCACUUUCUAAUAAAUUUUUAUUUUUCAUGAAGAAAAAAAAAUUAUUUUUUUAUAGAUUGUUACAAGAUCGUAAUUUGAAAUUUCAGAUGGAAUUUAAAAUCUAAAACUUUCAAAUAUUAAAAUUAUUAUAAAGAUUAUUAAAAAAUCUAAAUAGUUAUAUUUAGAUUUUGGUUAUUAAUAGUUCUUUUAUAUAAUUUUACUCUCUAAACGCGCGCGGUAUGAUUCUUUAUGCAUUUUAUUAGGGAAAUUAAAAAAUUUUGUUAUAAAAAAUAUGGGCGUAAUAACACGUUAAAUAUAAAAAUAUUUAACGUUUAAAGUAAAUUAGAAAUAAUAAACAAGUAAGAAUUCUUUGAAUUACGCUUGAUAUCGAACAACAAUUUGCAUAAUUCAAAGGUAUAUUUAAUAUAUUAUAGUAGAGCGGGUAAAUAAAAUAACACGAAUGCGGGCAUUUUUUUCACGCUUUUUCGUAAGUACGUAUAAAAAUCGUACAUAUAAAAAUAAAAAUUGUCUCGCUUUCGUGCUCACCUGCAUUGACAUAAAUAAGUUUUUAUACGCGACCGUCGUUUUUCCAGUCUCACACGACAUUAUAACAUUAAUCCCUCCAUACAAUAUAAUAUACACAUACAUACAUAUAUUUUACUAUGUAUGACAUUUUUGCAUGAUCUUAAGCAAUAUUAAUAUAUUUAUGCGCGACUGCUAGUUAUGAUGCAUAGAAGCCGUAAAUAAUUGAUGAUUUUUUUGAUAGAGCGCUAGUGAAUUCUGCUCCGAUUAAUUACUGAAAGCUUUCCGUGUCAUACUUAGCGGUCGCUGUUGAGAAUCAUAUAUGGAGAUUGUAACGCACCAAUGAUAAUGUUGCAAUAUAUUUUGAUUAGAUUGAAUCAAUAAAUUCAGUAAAGUGAAA